AGGGAGGAAAGCAGAGAAGAAAAAAUGGAAGGAAACGAAGCUGCUGAAGAAACUGGAAAAACAGCGGAUGCGGGAGCUGGCAGAAAAACAAGCCGAGAAGCAGGAGGAGCAGAUGGAAGACAAAGGGCGUCACUACACGCUGAGCGUAGCCCUGCCAGGCUCUAUCUUGAACAAUGCCCAGUCACUGGAGCUGCGGACGUACCUUGCUGGACAGAUCGCUCGGGCCUGUGCCAUCUUCUGUGUGGAUGAGAUCAUAGUGUUUGACGAGCAUGGAGAAGAUGUAAAGAGCGUGGAGGGGGACUUUGAAGGAAUUGGGAGGAGAGGCAAGGCUUGCGUGCAGCUGGCUCGGAUCCUGCAGUACUUGGAGUGCCCUCAGUACUUGAGGAAAUCCUUUUUUCCAAAACAUGAGGAUCUGCAGUUUGCAGGGCUGCUCAACCCCCUGGACAGCCCCCACCACAUGCGGGUGGAUGAGGAUUCAGAGUACCGAGAAGGCGUAGUGUUGGACCGGCCAACUAAGCCAGGCAGAGGCUCUUUUGUUAACUGUGGGAUGAGGAAGGAGGUGCAGAUCGACAGACAGCUGAACCCUGGGUUGCGAGUCACUGUGCGCCUGGAGGAGCCCCAGAAGGCAGAAGCUAAAGUGCGGAAAGGCACCGUGGUGUCCUCACACCACCCUCGGACGGUGUCAGGCUUGUACUGGGGUUACAGCGUCCGCCUUGCCUCCUGCUUGAGUGCUGUCUUUUCAGAGUGCCCGUUCAAGGAAGGCUACGAUCUGUCUGUUGGGACCUCGGAGCGGGGCAGCUCCGUGGACCAGGCCACUCUCCCCUCCUUCAGGCAUGCCCUUGUCGUGUUUGGAGGCCUUGAGGGCUUGGAAGCUGGGGUUGACGUGGACCCAAACCUGGAGGUCACGGACCCAAGCGUCUUGUUUGACUUCUACCUGAACACUUGUCCCAGCCAAGGCAGCAGAACCAUCCGGACAGAGGAAGCACUGCUGAUCUCUCUGUCUGCGCUGAGACCCCACAUCAGUGAGGCUGUGAAGACACCCAGCGACAGCUGAGGGAAGGAAAACCACUGACCUUGCCAUCGGCUGAGGACUGCCUUGGGGAAGCAGCUGUUCAAACGCGGGGUGCUGGCCAAAUCACUCCAAGAGCCUGACAGGGCCAAGACACAGCGUGACUAAAGCUGGCAGCACUGCUCGACCAAGUGUCUGCGCCCUCCUGCCUGGGUGGCCCAGCCAAUGGCUGGUUGCUGCCUCUCAGCAGCUGGGACAAGCCUGGCAGCAGACUUGGUCUCAGUAAUUCAGACAUCUGGGGUGGGGAAUAAAGCAGUAUGGAACCU